GUUACACUGUAUGAUUGACAGACGGACGAUAACCGGAGGGUAUGUAACUGACAGGCGGCAGCGCUGCUCGGAACGAACCGAACUUCUCCCACACUGAACCACGUUUAUCGUUAAACAGAGAAUUUCUUCACUUUCUGCCACUAAAACCAGCGGGUUGAACUGGUCUGAACCUGUUCUCUCGCUGCUCCGGCUGUUGCUCCCGCGGCUGUUUGUUGACGGAGGUCAGCGACUCUCCACCUCCGAUCCGACCAGAUGCUCUCCCCGGGCAGGACCGUCUCCUCCCGGCUGCUGAGGCCCGGCUCGUGGCUCCCUCUCCGGCUGGGCUCCGAGCGGACCGCGGCCAGCUCCCUGCAGAAAGAGUUGAUCAAGAAACAUGAACUGGAGAAGGAUGAGCUCCGCCCCCUUUACAUGGACUUCCAGGCCACCACUCCCAUGGACCCGCGGGUCCUGGACGCCAUGUUGCCGUACCAGGUGAAUUACUACGGCAAUCCGCAUUCCAGGACUCACGCCUACGGGUGGGAGAGUGAGAGCGCCAUGGAGACGGCCAGGAAGCAGGUGGCUGAUCUGAUCGGAGCCGAUCCCAGAGAAAUCAUCUUCACCAGCGGAGCAACAGAGUCCAACAACAUGGCCAUCAAGGGUGUCGCCCGGUUCUACCAGGCCAAGAAACAUCACGUGAUCACCACACAGACUGAACAUAAAUGUGUCCUGGACUCAUGUCGCAUUCUGGAGUCUGAAGGAUUCAGUGUGACCUACCUACCGGUCCAGACGGACGGACUGCUGGACCUGGAGCUGCUGGAGGCCUCCAUCCGUCCGGACACGUCUCUGGUGUCGGUGAUGACCGUCAACAAUGAGAUCGGAGUCAAGCAGCCCAUCAAGGAGAUCGGGAAGAUCUGUCGCUCUAAAGGAGUCUUCUUCCACACCGACGCUGCUCAGGCCAUCGGGAAGAUUCCCCUCAAUGUCUCCGACUGGAAGAUCGACCUGAUGUCCAUCAGCGGCCACAAGAUCUACGGACCCAAAGGUGUUGGAGCUCUGUACGUCCGUCGCCGGCCGAGGGUUCGUCUGGAGCCGCUGCAGAACGGCGGUGGUCAGGAAAGAGGGCUCCGGUCCGGCACCGUGCCGACCCCACUGGCUGUAGGUCUGGGAGCCGCCUGCAGCCUCGCCCAGCAGGAGAUGGAGUACGAUCAUCACCGAGUGUCGAUGCUCGCUAAUCGUCUAGUGCAGAAGAUCAUGUCUGAGAUUCCUGAUGUCAUCAUGAACGGACAUCCAGAACAACGCUACCCUGGCUGUGUCAAUCUGUCCUUUGCCUAUGUGGAGGGAGAGAGUCUGCUGAUGGCCCUGAAGGAUGUUGCUCUGUCAUCUGGGAGUGCCUGUACAUCAGCGUCUCUGGAGCCGUCGUACGUCCUCAGAGCGAUUGGAGCAGAUGAAGAUCUGGCUCACUCUUCUAUCAGAUUUGGUAUCGGCAGGUUCACCACGGAGGAUGAGGUCGACUACACGGCAGAGAAAUGCAUCCAGCAGGUCCGCAGACUCCGAGAGAUGAGUCCUUUGUGGGAGAUGGUUCAGGAAGGCAUUGACCUGAAGAGCAUCAAGUGGACACAACAUUAGUCUCCUCCCACUCCGAUGAAGGUUCCCGGGACUCCUGGGGACUGACCAGCUUCUUCUUCCUGUACACAAACACGCACAAACUUCCUACCUGACUUGAAGUCUGUCUGUAGCUGUAGCUCUGUCUCUGUAGAAGCUCCUCUGGUUGCUCUGUCAGGAGAUGUUGCUCAGUCAGUUGACCAACAUACAGCGAUCUCCGCUUGUUGUAUUUGUUCUGUUGUGGAUCAGUCUGUUCCCCAACAUGUGACUCGUGUGUCUUCAGUGAAAAGUGCGACACACUGUUUGAUCUGUCAGAGAUGCGAGUUGACAGUCGUGGGUAAAACGCAAAAAUAUUCACUCGUCGCUUCAAAAUUGGCGGCGGAUUUGGAUCGACCGAACAUCACCUGCAGACAGAUUUAGGACCAAGUUCUCACAACUGCAACAACUCAGAACACGACACAAACACACCAGCCGGCGACAUGUAAAGGUGCCAUUUAUGACUAAAGUUUACUGAGGAAAAACGCACACAUUUUAAUGAAAAGGGGAAAACAUCAACGUCACUGACUGAAGAAGAGAACCUUUGUGUCGCUGCUCUCUCACACUAUUUUCUGUUCACAUCACUGCGCUGUGAUUCGCUGCUUCCAUCGAACUGUCUGGCCUGCAUCAGCUCGUAAAACGUGACAAAAACUGGGAAUAAUACUUCUUUAGAUCAUCUCCGACAGUCGCUGCAGUGUUUCCUUUAGUCGGCUCCGUUUCAGUUCCUGGAUUCACUAAUGGGUGAAGCUGCUUAACUCUCAGUUCAUUCAUUCAGCUCUGAGCAUGUUUGCAUUAAAACUGGAGUUUUUCUCUGUAACCAGCAACAAGCAGCGUCAUCAGAACCUCGAAUGACAGUUUUUAAUAUGAGAAUAAACAGGGAAAUGACAUUACUGGUAUUUGAUGAGACGUGUCAGAAAUAUUCAAACAAGUUUGGGUUUUUAAUUUACUGAGCUGGUUAAGAGCAUGGUGGAUUAUUAAGCAUCAAUAAUUUAUCUAGUAGUUUAGUAAAAAUCUGUUUUAAACAGAUUUUUCCUCUGCUCUGAUUAUCAUGAAAAGAUUACUGAUUCUAUUGAUCUAUAAAAUACAUCUUUGUUAACUGAGUCAGCAGUGAGGUUGUUGACAGGUUUUGAUUUUACAGCUUCGGAAUUUAAUCUCCUGUAAAGUGAGAUUAGUGUGUCAGCAGAUAUGUCAGGACUAAGGUCAGAGUGCUAGUGUCGUCACUGGGGUUCUGUUUAACCUGCUGCAUCACCAUGGUAACUGAUGCUGCACAGCCACAUCACCGCGUGGCAACUUAUGUGAUGCAGUUAAGUCACCAUGGUAACAAUGCUAAGCAACUAGAUCACCAUGGUAACUGAUGCCUCACAGCUAACCUGCUCCAGAGGAGUUUCUGAUCAGAGUUUUAGCUUUAAAUCGACUGUACAAAGCGUCUCUCUUUCACCAGUUGUUCUCCUGAUGAUUCUCUGAGUGAUUCAGAUUCUCAGAUGAGCUUCCGUCUGUAAACUUGUUGAUCUGUACAUUAAUAAUCCCACUAAAAGAAGCCAUGCAGCUACCGCAGCAAAACCAGAUGCGUUUGUCUGGUGUAUCUGCAGAAAACGCAAAGAUAUGUUUUUAUAUCAGGCCCUUUUUCGCUACCAAGUCUGUUUUAACCUUCCGGUUCUGCAGCUAAUAGAAGACAGAUUAGAAUACUGAUCAGUAUGUUGAUAUUUAGCUCAGAGAAUAUUCAAUAACUAACUUUAAUUUCACUUAAAUUUGUCCAAAAACUAGUCAUUUAUACAUCUUCUUCAUUAUGGGUCAGAGUCAGACCUAAAUGUUGAUGUUUGAAUAACUAAAGUUUAAAGUUUCAGAGCUCUAAUGUGCCGCUGAGAGUCACUGAGUGGGAAAAUAAAUAUAUUCACUUACAGCUUUAACAGUUUUCCACCAGCAUUCAUCUCCAGUAUAACAACCUAUUUACAUAGGCGACACGGCAUUGGUCCAUUUUGUGCAGGAGAAGAGUCACGUGAUGUUUAAAAUGCUUCCUUUAAUGGAAAAACUGGUUAAAAAUAAAGCUAAUAACAGCUGCCUGAUAUCUAUUAUCUCUGAUUCAGGUUUUGUUGAACCAGCUAACACAGAGAAAGUCUGGAUAUGUUGAACAUGCUUCAUAGUGCAGCCUUCUGUUACCAUGGUGAUGAUGGCUUCAUGAUGCCACAAAACUUAAGUCCCAAAGAUGGCUGACUAAACUGCUGAUCUCACAGUGGGAUCUUGUCAGCAGCAUUUCCAGUGAUAAAACCCGAACAACGUUUAGCGUUUCUUUCACUGUGGUUUACCGGGAUGUGAUGAUUCGCUUCAUGAUCCUUUAAGUCGCAACUUUUCACUCGAUGAUUCGCGUCUCCUGCACUGUUUUUGUUAUUCUCCGUCUGUCUCACUCUUCAGUCUUGUCUUCAUGUCAGUGUUUUAUCAGCAGGUCAGUGAAAUGUUCAUCUCAACAGUGUUAGCAGCAGCAGUUUUCUGUCAAACUGCAAAAAAAGAAAAAAAAAAACUAGAGGCUUCUGUCUCAAGUCUGAGGUGGAGGAUGGAAAUUUGAAGAUGAUCCUGAAAGUCUGAGAGCAAAAAAAGAGUUGUUUGAUAAAUGUGGGUGGAGCGCACUACUUUGUGUUCCUAGAUGUAUUUUAAGCCUCAUAUUUAUUAGCCUGCUGCUUCUUCUCCUGUUACUCGUCACUACACAUUAGUAUCCAAUAAACCGCUGCUUCAUGGUUAUGCAAUCAA